UCCCCUGGGGCAAAAGUUUCUUCGAUCGCAUCGGCAUUACCGAGGCACAUGAUGGCAACUGGCGAAUUGGAGCCUGUGAUCCAAGCAAAGCGUCCGUCGGCCAACACCGUCGCGCCGCCAGCUGAGGAGCUAACGGUGCUUCCGUCUCCUCCCGUGCACCCCAAAGUGAACGAUGACGAUGAGCCUCCUUCGCCCGUAGCGGCUCCUCGACCUGUUUUGGAUGCUGCAACCCUGUCGUACAGGUCGACGCGAAAGGAGUUGAUCAGCGUCUUUGUCGCGUGCACAAAUCUAAACCUGCCGCAACUGCCGCAGACGUUCUUCCAGUCCAUCUUCAAGGGCAAGACACCUGACUCCAACCUUCCAGAGAUUCGUGUGGAAGUGGACAUCAAGCCCACUAGCGACGCCAACAAAUCGUCAUCGGUGUUUCAUAACACGACAGAAGCACUGCGCGUGAGGAAUCCGUCGUUCUCCAUGGGCCUCACGAUCCCCGUCCCGAUCUCAAAGGCCAAUUCCGAGGAAUACCAUUUGUAUUUCCGCGUCGUCCAGACAGACGUGGGCAUGGAGAAAACGGUGGCAACUACUGAAAUGAUGUGUGGUGUCCUUCUCGAAAGCUUCAAACAGGGCUCUCCCGUCGUCCACCUGCCGCUGCUUACCAAUGCGUCCCACGAGGCCAUCCUCAGUCUAACGUUGGCACGAGUGUUUCCCAUAAAGCACAACGUGUUGCCUACACAAAACAUGCUCAUGCACAUGUACUCGUUCGACGAGCCCAAGCGCAAGGACCCCUCCUCUCAUCUUGUCGCGGAGAAAACGCCAUUGCUUGCGUCCGAGGAGCUCGUCGAAGUGGGGUACGUGACGUCACUGCCACCCAUCUUUCUCCAGCAAUGCACCGACGAAAUGGUGGCCGCCCAUCGUCUGUGGAGCGUGCGAUACGCAAACGCGCGAAAGUCGGCGCUCUUGUUCGAGUCGCCCGACGAAGCUCUUGCGAACGGCUGCGACGUUUAUGCCGUCGAGGUUAUUUCGGGCAAGGGCCUCACGCUGCCCGCCGAGUUGAACCUCCAGCCCGCGCCGGCGGCCCCCGUGACGCCCACACAUCGUACCAUUUCUGCAAACAGCAGCAGCGGCACGCGCAGCCGAUCGUCGUCGAAUGCAUCCAAGGAAUCGACCAAGCAACCCGUCGUGACGUGCAACCCGUUCGUCGCUGUCAAGUUCAAAGAAACCACCAAGGGCAAACGGCCUGUCGAAGUGACCGAGGGCAGAACGAGCGUUGAAAAGAACACGAGCGAGCCGCACUGGGGCGAAAACAACUCGACUGUCGGCGGCAAGGCCCAAACGAACGGGAUUCAGUUUUACCGUCCUAACGAAGGCCAACCAGCGCACUCACUUCGCCGAACACUCGAAUUUGACGUGCUCAGCCAGUGCGAUGCCCACUUUGACGGCGAAAUCGCUCUCGGCCAUGUCACGUUGCCCAUCGAUGCGGUCAUGUACGAAGGCAAGAGCGCCGUCUGGGACAUCAACCUUACCCGAUGGCUUCCCGUGAUAACCCCAACAGGGGAAGAAAGGGGCGAGAUCCUGAUUCGGCUUCAAAUGCGACGUACCACAACUGUGUUUUCACUUGAUAAAGAGCCUGCGUUUGCCCCGGGUAGUCUUUUCCGCCUCGCCGAUCCCAAGCGGCACGCCAAGUGGCAGUCGACAUUGGAAGCCAGCAACUACAACCCGUCGUCCCUGUCGAUCUCUGAAAUCCGAGAUUUAGUCGCGAGCCAUGAAAGCGCCAUCGCCCAGCUGCGAACGUGGCAACAUCACGUCGAAACAACGUCUACCGAGUGGUUUCGGUCGAGCGAGCUCAAGGCGAAACUCGAAGUCCAGCCGCUGACGACAAACCUUCACGUGUCGUACUUUCGACUGUACGCUGGCCAAGCACCAGCACGCGCGACUGUUCUGGAAGGCCGACCUCGGGACGUCGAAAUCGGUUUGUUGCCUGGGGACGAAUUGAGCGCGAGUACGCGCAACAUGUUGGGUCGCGGCGGUGGCGGGGGCGGAUCUCGAUUUUCGUUGGAGGACCUUGUGGACCACGACUCGCCGCUGCAAGUGAACGCCACAUACGCCACGGUGACGUGCGGCGCCCCCACGGCCCACGGUCUCGGCCUCAGCCAGUUUGGCCUAGUCGAACUCGAAGACAGACUGCUCUCGGUGGACAUGCCGAUUGAGUCGUACCAAUGCACGUAUGCCGUGCGCAAGGCCGUGUGCAUGAGCCAGGCACUGAGUGUUUUGGUGGCCGCGUUCUCAACCCAACUCGAGCUCGUGCUGCAGAAAAGUGUGCCGAAUCACGAAUGGCUCUUGGAGCAAUGGAUCCAAGUCGGGUUUCUCCUUGGAUGGGAAAGUCUUGUGUCGACGCAAGGGAAAGAGCUCCACAUGCUCAGCGACGCAUGGGUCGCAAUCAAGUCGAUGGAGCGCAUCCAAAUCCAACUCGUGCCACACUGCGAGCUCAUGACGUUCGCGCCAUCGCCCGACACAGACAACAAGUACAUUCUCCAAUUGCCAGUGCCGUCGUCCGUGUUUGGGUUGCUGCCUCAGGUACUCCAGGACGGCGGGCUCAUCGCGGUCACGUCCGUGCUGUUCACGCAAGGCAUCAACGAAAUGCAGACGUUGGCGAACGUCGUCGGGGCCGUGGGUAUUGCCCUCCAAGUGCGCAUCAACGACAAAUGCUGCGCGGUACGUUGGCUCUCGUCUCGUAGUGUACUGGGAUACCUGUUUCUUUCAUUCUAGGCCCUGGCCAAGUACCACGAAAAGCUCAUGGCCGUGCCUUCGCUGCAAGGGAUGACAGCGCAAAUGAAAGACAUUAAGUUGGACGCGUUGACGACGCUGAUUGCCAACUCGAACGAGUCGACCAUGACCAAGAAGAACCACCGCAUUCUACUGGAAGCGUCCGACACGAUUCGCCGGUUGAACGGCGGCCGCGUGACGUUCUGCAAAUCUGGGAAGGAUCGCACGGCCAUGAGUGUGACGCUGGACCAGGCGCGGGUCAUCGGGUCGACGUGGAAGCACGUGCCCAUGAUGAUCCAGGAAGGAACAUCCAAGCAAGACUGGGCAGUGCUUAAGCCCGUGGCGAACCUCAUGCGCGAGUUUGGCGUGCGCAUCGAAGUCGCCAAGAAGAACGUCGGCCAUCCCCGCUACUCUUUCAACGGACUCCAGCGCAAGAUGCUGCCCAAGAUAUACCGCCCGCCCCGCGGCGCCAUCAUCAAAGGCGACCACGAUGUCGAUGAUUCAUAAUUGAGCUCACCUGUACGGAUUAUUUCGCUCAUAUUAUAUGAUGUUCAGUA